AUGGAAGAUUGGUACGCAGAAUUUAUCAAUCUUUUGGAAAAACUACAUGAAACGAAGGCAAAACUCGGUUCGUUGAUACCCGAUACUUAUGACUGGGACUCACCGAUGAUUAGCCGACUGCCGUUUGUGGCGUCGGUCAAUCUGUCUGCUUUGGACUCACCGGCACGAAUAAUCGAAUUGCUCUCAGAUAUGUUUCUAUGCGUUCUGACUGCUAGACGUCGUCGUCUUAAACAAACAGCUCCACCGAAGGAUCCGGACUUGUUAACGGACGACUGGACAUCCGAAGCAAAGUGCUCCACACCUAGUCCGACUACGAGAGAUAUUUUCAUACCGCGAAUGGAUUUAACUUCCUUUCGAGCUUUCUGUCGACGAUGCCGAAUGGAAAAACUUGGACUGACUUAUACUGAGUUGGAUUUAAUAUUUGCUAAACAGCGCAGUUGGUGGCAACGUGUUUAUGAACCGGAUCUAUUCAAGCGUGGUCGUGAAUUGUGUACCCUUCGAGGAUUAAGUUUUCCGGCUUUUGUGGAUUUAUGCUUGCAACUAGCUCGCCAUUGUUGCGGUCGUCGCGGUACGGCAGACACGCAUUCGAUCUCGCUUCCAUUGCCUCAGGUACCCCUCUGUCCGUUCCCAAUGGACGAAUCCGAUUCCAAUCAGUUUGACUCAUUACCAGCACAUGUGCAGCAUACCGGCUCCGAUUCCCCUUCCAAUACAAUCCGAAAAUCUAGCCAAUUCACUCGUCCCACACGCCCAUUGGAGACUUCCACGAACGGGACUACCGCAAAACCGAAAGCGGAUAAACAACGAGCGCAAAAACGAACACAACCGUAUCGAACUCAGAAUGUUCGACCUGUUCAGCGUACUACAUCUAACACUCGAAUCAUGACCGAGCAAGUCGUUCGACCGACUCGAAAUCCGUUCGCACAAGAUGAACCGUACGAACAGUUGCGUUGUCUGUUUCGCUUUCUUGAGCAUUGUUGUUGUUGUCCGGAUUACUUUGAGAACAAAGACUCUGUUCGAAUCGAUCGAACCAUUUCAAUCGGGCAACAGAAAUAG